AUGACACUCCUCCAAGCUAAAGAACUUCGAAAUUAUUUGGAUGAAGCAAUCCCUACACAUAAUGAUUCAAGCUCUCACGAUGGAACACAGUCAUCAUCGAUGACCAACAAAAGCAUUGUUUCAGAGAGGAAUAGAAGGAAGAAACUCAAUGAAAGGCUCUAUGCACUGAGAUCUGUAGUUCCCAACAUUACUAAGAUGCAUAAAGAAUCGAUAGUCAAAGAUGCCAUCGAUUAUAUUCAAAAAUUGCAUGAAGAAGAGAGGAAAAUUCAAGCAGAACUAUCAGGUCUGGAAUCAAAAAGUACAAUUUCUGAGUUUGAUCAUGAGGAAGAUUUUUCUUUAAACCCAAAGAGAAUAACAAGUGAAAGCUUCUACGAUUCUGGAGGAUCAAGAUCGUCUCCUAUUGAAGUUCUUGAGGUGGACUAA